AUGAUGGAUGGAUGGAUCUCUAGUCAGUGCAGCGCAGACUACCAACAAGCGAGAACUACAGUUCCCAGCAGCCAUUGCGCCUCCCUCUGCCGCAAACAAAGAGCCGAAUGUCCACGCACAACUCAAAGGCUUUUAUAAACGAGACAAAUAUCUACUUUUAAUGAACAAAGCAGCACACUCUCAGUUAACACGAGUCUGUGAUGAGUAUAACGGCAAACAUUAAAAAAACAAAAAACAAAAAAAAAAACGCCAUCCCGAGUCCUCGCGUGAUUUCACGCUUCCGGAAGUCAGAGUGGCAUGAGAUAGAGAGCUGUCCGAGGUGCUGACACUAAUUUGAGAAGAUGGAUGAAUCUCAAGAGACAUCUUCUUGCACAACCAGCCCUCCCAGUAGUAAACCUGACAGCGCUGCACAAUGCAACGGGGUCCCCGAGUGCAGGACCCUGCUGCGGAUGUCUGAGUCACACGGACUCCAGCUGCUGAGCGUGCUCAGAUCAUUCAGGGAGCGGGGGUUGAUGUUUGACUUCACUAUUAAGGUGCAGGAGCACAUUUUCCCCUGCCAUCGCUGUGUUCUUGCAGCAUGCAGUGAUUUCUUCAGGGCCAUGUUUGAGGUGGAUAUGAAAGAGCGUGGCGAUGGUUCAGUGAGUCUUGAUAACCAGUGUCCAGUGGCGGUGGGUUCUUUCCUGGAUUUUGCCUAUUCUGGAGAGACACUCAUCACCGAGGGCAACGUAGAUGUGCUGUUUCAGCUUGCCUCUUUUCUGCAGGUGUCAGUCCUGUCCCGGGCGUGCAGCGACUUUCUGAUAGGAUCCAUGGACCUCUACAACUGCCUGUCCCUCUUGUCUCUCGCAGAGGCGUACGGCUCUGCGACCCUCCUCCAAAGUGCCAACGAGUUUGUGGUUCAAAACUUCUCUGACCUUUCCAAAACACAGGACUUUCUGGACAUGCAGGUGAAUGUGUUGGAAGCGUGCCUCAGGUCAGAUGCUCUGAACGUGCUGAGUGAGGAGGAUGUAGUGACGUCGCUUCUUAGAUGGAUCCGCCAUGAUCUCCCCGGAAGAAAAAAACUGCUGCCAGGCUUGUUGUCGCUAACCAGACUCCACCAUCUGCCUGCGCUGAAGACUCUGCGUGAUUCAGACCCUCUCCUCAGCGACAGUGAGUCCUGUCUCGCCCUGUUCUCAGAGGCUCAGAGCCGACAGGACCAGUACAGCGGCCUGCUCACUGACGCCAGGUCAGCCACGACACAGAGCUACAUCUACAUCCAGAAGACGGAGGAGAACGGGGAGAUUCGCCACACCUUCUGCUACUGCCUGGAAACAGACCAGUGGAAAGAGCUGGGAGCAGGGCAUGGGGAGGGGACCGCCAUGUUGCCAGAUCCACCGGGAUCCUACCUGACCAGCUAUGCUGAGAAGAUGUUUGUGACAGGCGGUUGCCGAGGGAACUGUUGCCGGUCAGUACGUCUCCAUGUGGCUGAGCCGUUCCACGAGGCCACGGAUGAGGUUUGGUGCUUCUGUCCUGUGACCCUAACCUGUACACCUGCACCAGCCAUGCUGGAGCCCAGAACCAUGCACGCAGCUGUGACCUGCCUGGACCGAGUGUACGUGAUUGGGGGACGGAGCAAGGGAUCGAGAGGGGGAGCUCCCAAUCUGUUGGAGGUGGAGUAUUAUGACCCUCUGACCCAGACCUGGAGCUCAGUCAGCCACCUGCCCACUGCCAUCUUCUACCCUGAGGCCAGUGCCUGUGGCAGUGUCAUCUACACUCUUGGAUCAGAGGUGGAGAUCACGGACUCCUUUAACCCCUCGCUGGACUGCUUCUUCUGCUACGACGCGCAGAAGGACCAGUGGAACCGCCUGGUCGCAGAGUUCGGCCAGUUCUUCCACGCUACGCUUGUCAAGGCGGUGUCAAUCAGCAACACACUGCAUCUCUGUGACCUGUCCACUUACAAAGUCUACAGUUUUUGUCCAGAGACCUCGGUAUGGAAGGGUGAAGGGUCAUUCGAGUGUGCCGGCUUCAACGCCGGAGCAGUGGGCAUGAGAGACAGAAUCUACAUCCUGGGUGGAGACUACUCACCUGAUGAGAUCACUGACGAAGUUCAGGUGUACCACAAGGGAAGGAGUCAAUGGGAGGAAGUGGCGCCGAUGCCCAGAGCGCUAACUGAGUUCCACUGCCAGCUCAUCAGCUUCAACAGAUACAGAGACCCAUGGGGCGACACAGCAUGAGCCACAGCAGACACACACACACACACGACCACAUGCGAGCGGGUAUACAUGUGAGUUACACGUGUCACAGAUGUGAGCAAAGGCCCCAUGAUGAGUCUCCUCUGUGCAUGACGGACAGCUGACAGACUCCCAACUAACUCCACAUCUCUCACAGAUCAUCCUAACACGAGAGCACCCGAGCCAAAUGAUUAAUUUAUUUUUUUAUUUAAAGAUUCGAUCCUUCAACUUUGUAUGUGUGAUGCACCUGCUGUCAUAGGAUUAUCUUGUGUCAGUCAAAAUGAGGUCUCUCCUAUGGAGGAACGCUACUGAGAGGAAGUUUUAUUUUAGAAAAGCUAUUUUAGUACCUGAAUAUUUGUUUCUGUCUAGUAUGUUUUAAAUGGAGAAUUCACCGGAAGAGGAACUCACAGUAUCUGUAAAUUUGAUCAGCUCUCCUACAGCUCGAGUACAGAAAAGAAGACUUUGUUAUGUCACAUGUACAGCCUGUAGGAACAAAUCUAGUCUCCCUAUUUGUGCAUUUGGGGAUUUUACAUCCUGAACAGAUCAAACUAUUUUGUUCUUGCAAUGUCACGCAAAAGUCUUAGACAGUGUCUUCUUGGUCUUGUAUGAAAAACAAUAGACUGUUUCAAGUAAUUGUUCUUUUCUUUGGUAGUGCAGAUCAAAUAGAGAGAAUGUUCAUAGAUUUUCGGGUCUGUCAUUGUACGGUGGCCCCGAGGGUCAAGAAGCAACAAUGUUUGAAAAAAACCAAGACAUUUCACAGAACACAAUACCAUUUCAGAAAAGACGACAUGAUUUCACAAAACAUUUUAGAAAACACAUUAUUUCAAAAAACAUUUACAAAAAGACAACAGCAUUUCAAAAAGCCCACCGGUUCAACUUUCUCUGUAACGGUAUUUUUGACCCCCAGGGCUACUGUACCAUGGAUCAUUUCCAUAAUAUCAGCCUGAUAUUCCUUUCUUAGCUCUUUUUCUGACUGAUGGAGACCUGCCUAUACGUAUCCAACAAUUUAAAACAACAACGAAAAUAAUGACAAUACUGUGUGAAUCAUCUGGGUGGAUUUUUACUGUAAACUACUUUGCCUUUAUUCUGCUUCAGACUGUCAUGUACCUGUGCAUGCCCUGUUUCUCCUCUCAAGAUAUGUACAGCAAUUCUACGUGUGACCAAUAGAUAGAACACACAAAUAUCAAUGUGCAACUUACCCGUCUACCAUAGAGAAACACUCCGCUGCAGCUUCAAAGAUUUCAGCAACUUAACGUUUCAGAAACCUGGAGAGAAAGAUAUGGGCUUCAUGGUAUAACUCAUGAGUGUUUGUGCAGUGGAAACAGAAAAAAAGACGCCAACAAAUGAAAGACUGUUUAAUGGCAAGAACUGUGAACAUAAACAUAAUAUGCUUCA